AUGUCGCUGCGUCCGCUGUUCUGCAUUGCGGCGCGGAGCGUCCGCGUGUCCGCUCAGAGCACACCUCGACUCCACAGGCCACCAGCAGUCGGCUGCAGCUACUGGCGCUCCACGCCGCGCGCGUACGCCACCAAGCCGUCGUCCCAAGAGUCGGCGGGCUUUCUCGACGAGGUCGAGGUCGACGAGGCGUGGGAUGACGAGCUCAACCUCGGCGACGAGGUGGAGGAGGGGGUGUUCGUGAGCGUUGUUGUGCCCGAGCCUGCCCCCGCCGCCGGCCGCACACCCAACCCCCGCUCGAUCAAGCACCUCAACCGCCUGCUGAGCCGGCACGAGGUGCCCGACCUGCUCGAGUCCGAGCUGGAGGAGAAGUUUGUUCGCGGCCGCGGCCCCGGAGGGCAAGCAAUCAACAAGACCAACUCGUCCGUCUGCCUAACGCACCUCCCCACCGGACUGCGGGUCCAAGCCCAGCCAACACGCUCGCGCGAAGAGAACCGCGCCGUCGCGCGCAAGAUCCUCAAGGAGCGCCUCGACCUCAUGCGGCGCCGCGGUGAGCUCGACGGCGUGCACACUGCGUCUGCCGCCGGUGGAGGCAAGGGGGAGGCGGUGAAAGAGGACGCGAGCCGCAAGGAGCGCCUGGCGGCCGAGGCCCGCGCGAGCUCCAAGGCUGAGCUUAGGUGGGAGAAGGAGCGACGGAGGAAACUUAAUCGCGCGAAGAAGGUCAAGCGGAGGGAGGGGCGGGGAAAGGAGGGGGAGGGCGGUGAGGCGUCGACAUAG